AUGCCGAUUGAUUUUUACUACUUGGUGUAUAGCCCACCAUGCCGGUCAGUUAUGCUGCUGGCAAAAGCGAUCGGCGUCCAUUUAAAUUUGAAAACGGUCAACCCUCUAAAGGGAGAACAACUGAAGCCCGAGUUUCUGAAGUUAAAUCCACAGCACGUAAUACCAACGAUGGACGACGAUGGAUUCGUUUUAUGCGAAAGCCGACCAAUCAUGGGAUACUUAGUAAGCAAAUAUGCUAAAAACGACUCCUUGUAUCCAAAGGAUCCGAAGAAAAGAGGUAUCGUGAAUCAAAUGCUGUAUUUUGAUGUUGGCUCGCUUUUUGAGAAUAUGAUGAAAUGCUAUUAUCCAGUAUUAUUUGCCGGAAUACAUUCCAUAAACGAAGAAAGCUUACAAGCUGUGGAGAAAUCAUGCGAUUUGCUAAACACCUACCUGGAAGAUCGCGAAUUCGUCGCUGGUGAUGUACUUACCAUUGCUGAUUUUGCCAUCCAUACAACCAUUUGCGUUUUACUAUGCUUUGGGUUCGAUAUCGGCCGAUACGACAAUGUGGCAGCCUGGUACAAUCGUUGCAAACAACUUUUGGAUAAAUUCGGUUUCGAGGAUGUACACGGCCCUGGGACAAAAAUGUUUACCGAAUUGUAUCAGGCGAAUUUACAAGAAUCCAGUUAA